GACAGAUUAGAGCCGAGGCAGCAGGGCGUUACUUAAUAAUAAGCACUGGUAAAGAGCAGGGGAGGGGACGAACCCACACUAAAACAUGGAAGAGAAAAGAGAAACUCAAGUAGCACAUUGAAUGUCUAAGUAACUGCAUUUUAAAGGAAACACCCGGCAAGGAUUUAAGCUGCUGGUGGGACACGGAAGGACUGAAACCCUGCACUCCUGUUGACAUCUGGAUUUUAAAAAGAAAGCCACAAACUGUGAUUGGUAUAUCUUUGGGAUAAGAUUCGCCUUCACCGUGAGGACCAGAGCCUGUGGAGCUUACGCAUUUCGAGCCCCCUACACUUGUGAUUGUUAUUGGAUCGGAAGUAUCCAUCUACAGCAGAACCACAAGUACCGCAACCAAGCGGCGGCCUGUUCUCAUCAAUAUUUAAUAGCUUCUUAAUGGCUACUGAUGUUUCAUUCUGAUUGAUUGAGCCUUGAAUCCAUUACCACCUUUUAUCAGAUUCAAAUCAGAACUGCCGCAGUGUACAAUAGAUAACAUUUGCUUCAUUAAUUAUUAACACAUCUUUACAUCAUAUUGUAGUUCCACACAUACAAACAUCCAACACAGAGUAGCAGUUGACCCUACACUGUUUACCCCACAAGCUCAGAAUGGAGGAGCACAUUUAUGCUACAGGCAUGGCCGCCAAGCUGAGGAGCCAGUGGGAUCGCAAUGAUGGUCUGGGACAGAACCACAACGCCGUGAAGUUACUGGGUCAGGACUAUGAGAGUCUAAGAGCCCAGUGCCUGCAGAGUGGGAAACUGUUUGAGGAUCAUUUGUUCCCUUGUGCUGCGUCAUCUCUGGGAUUCAAUGAGCUCGGCCCGAGAUCCUCCAAGACCCUAGGAACCCGCUGGAUGAGACCCACGGAGUUCUGCAAACGCCCCGAGUUCAUUGUGGAUGGAGCUACUCGCACAGACAUCUGCCAAGGAGCUCUGGGGGACUGCUGGCUGCUGGCAGCCAUUGCCUCCCUGACCUUAAACAACAAUCUCCUCCACAGAGUGGUUCCUCAUGGACAGAGCUUUGGACAGGGAUAUGCCGGCAUCUUUCACUUCCAGUUCUGGCAGUUCGGUGAGUGGGUGGAGGUGGUGAUCGAUGACCGGCUGCCAGUGAAGGAUGGGAAGCUGCUGUUUGUCCACUCUGCAGAGGGGACUGAGUUCUGGAGCGCCCUGCUGGAGAAGGCCUAUGCUAAGUUGAACGGCUGUUAUGAGGCUCUGUCAGGAGGCAGCACGUCAGAGGGCUUUGAGGACUUUACAGGCGGCGUGACGGAAAUGUACGAUCUGAAGAAAGCCCCCUCUGACCUCUACAACAUCAUCAGCAGAGCCAUAGAGAGAGGAUCACUGCUGGGCUGCUCCAUAGACAUCACCAGCUCCGCAGACAGUGAGGCUGUCACGUUUAAGAAGCUGGUGAAGGGACACGCGUACUCUGUGACCGCUGUGGACGAGGUUGUCUACAGAGGAAAUCCGACUAAGCUGGUUCGCGUCAGGAACCCCUGGGGGGAAGUGGAAUGGACCGGAGCCUGGAGCGACAACUCCAGAGAAUGGGACAAUGUGGAUCGCUCCAUCAGAAGUCGGCUACAAAACCGCAGCGAGGACGGUGAAUUCUGGAUGUCGUUCAGUGACUUCUUGCGUGAGUUCAGCCGUCUGGAGCUUUGCAACCUGACGGCUGACGCCCUGCAGAACACCCAGAUGAAGAAAUGGAGCUCCUCGCUCUAUCAGGGAGAGUGGAGGAGAGGCAGCACUGCUGGAGGCUGCAGGAACUUCCCAGCAACUUUUUGGCUCAACCCUCAGUUCAAGCUUGUGCUGCAGCACCCGGACACUCCUGGCCAACCAGAUUGCAGUUUCCUGGUCGGGCUCAUGCAGAAAGACCGCAGGAAGAAACGGCGGGAGGGCAAAGACAUGGAGACCAUUGGAUUCGCCCUCUAUGAGGUUCCACAAGAGUUCAAGGGCAGGACAGGGGUCCACCUGAAGAAAGAAUUUUUCCUCACCCACGCCUCCAGCGCUCGCUCAGAGCUCUUCAUAAACCUGAGGGAGGUCAGCUCGCGGUUGCAGCUACCAGCGGGAGAAUACAUCAUCGUCCCCUCCACCUUCGAGCCGCACAAAGAGGCCGACUUUGUCCUCAGGGUUUUCUCUGAGAAGCCCGCUGAGUCUGAGGAGCUUGAUGAUGACGUUAUAGCAGAUCUUCCAGCAGAGACUCGGCUGGAUGAGAGCCAGAUCGACGCAGGCUUCAAGAGUCUCUUCAGGCAGCUGGCAGGGCCGGACAUGGAGAUCAGCCUUGCAGAGCUGCAAACCAUAUUGAACAGGAUCAUCAGCAAACAUAAAGACCUGAAGACAGAUGGCUUCACAAAAGAAGCUUGUCGCAGUAUGAUAAACCUCAUGGACACGGACGGCAGUGGAAAGCUGGGCCUGACAGAGUUCCAUGUACUCUGGGAAAAGAUUAAACGAUACCUGACUAUAUUCAGGGAGUUCGACUUGGACAAAUCGGGCACCAUGAGCUCCUACGAGAUGAGGAUGGCCCUGGAUUCUGCAGGUUUCAAGCUGACCAACCACCUGUUCCAGCUGAUCAUCCUGCGCUACACAGAGGCAGACAUGACUGUCGACUUUGACAACUUUGUUACCUGUCUGGUCAGACUGGAGACCAUGUACAAAACCUUUCAGACCAUGGACACAGAUAAGGACAAAGUCAUAUCCCUCAACUUCUUUCAGUGGAUUACGCUGACCAUGUUUGCCUAGAGAUGAGUGGAGUCCUCUUUAACUGUUGCACUGCAUCCUGCUGCAGCUUCAGGCCCAAUUUGUUGUUGUUUUUAGAAGUGCCUUUUUCUGCUUUGGUUCUUCCUCUCCUCCACGCAGCUCGCUGCUGAGGCCCUGCUGAUGCUAAAAGACUGUAAAUUCAUCUUUACAGUGCCUAUAUUGAAAACAUGUGCCAGUCCUUUAUUUGUCACCUGUUUUGCCAACAGAACGAUGCUCACUUAUUGCAGCCUGGCUGUCAACUCUGUGGUAGCACUGACUGUGAGCAAGGCAGACCGCUUUAUAGCUGUGCAAACAUUUUUUUGAGGCAGAGCUAUUCUCAGGGCAAAAAAUAAACGUAUUGGUUAAAUUUCAGUGCCAGGAGCCAAAAACAUCUUACAUUUUUGUUAUGAUAUGUAGCUUGCUUGGUUUGGGGAAAAAAAAUGCAAUCUAGCCAUUGGUUAUAUUUCACCUCCUUAAGUUCUCCUUAGCCUAGCUGUCGUUCAUGGUUCAUGUUCAAGAUUCUAGCUUGUAGAUACCACGUUUUAUAAGACCAAUCCUGACAUAUAAGAUAAUAAAUGAAUGAAUUUAGUAGUCAAAUACAUUGAUGAAUUUACUAAUACACAUUAAAACAGAUACAAUUGAUAAAGAAAUUGAGGAAAAAUAUGGAGUAACUCAAGUUGUCAAGUAGCUAACUAGCAUUUCAAAUAUUUGUUUUUGCUGUCCAACAUGGACACUGUGGCAUUGUAACUCAACCAGUAUGAUUAGUUUUGCUCUAUUAAAUCUAUGCAGAACCAAGGAUUUGCCCCUUUUAGGGUGGUUAAGUAAGAUAUUUCAAGUCAAUCAGUGGUUUACUUUUUAAGGGUGUUUUAUAUUAGGAACUGGCUAUCGAUGAUUACUCUUUAUGGUAAAAUGUAGAUAAGCACUAUACUGUAAGGGAUGAGUCUGCAUGACUACAUUCGUCUGCCAAGGGGAAAUAAUACUUUUGGACAGAUUUUUGAUUAAAUUGAAUUGAUGUGGGGAAAUACAAUCUGUGUCUAUUUUACAAAGAGUUACUGUACUUGAGGACAGCCUGACAAUCUGCAAAACACUCCUCAAAGAGCAUAUUUUAAGAAAAAAAUGUUUCAAGUUGAGCCUUCUGUCAGUUAUCACAGUCUCAGUGCCAGAUGUGGUCAAUGUGGAGAGCUGUUGAGUGUGCCAGCUUGUUCUUUAGCUUCUACUCUUUACUACAUUCAUAUGUGCUGAAUGUGCGUAAUGUGUAUCUCUACUCAGCCUUUGUAGGAACGCUGCCGGCCUGGCACUUUCCGUUUACAUCUUGUGCCAAGCAACAAGGGUCCACUCAUGAAGCUUCACUGGGCCCUGCAGUGCAGAGACAGCAGUGUGCUGUUUCAUGUAGAAUGUGUUGAGUUAUAUUUCCCUAAACUAAUCCUGUUUAGCUUUAAGACGUACCUGCUUAUCAUUAUGCAUGGAACAUAUGAAAAAAUACUUUUAUAUAAAUGUCGGAACUGGAUGUCAUGAGGGAUUUGUCAGCCUUGUUUAAUCUUGCCUUUUAAAGAGAACAAGAACACGUCAGUAUGUUAAGGUGAAGGUCAACUAUUAUGCAAGAUGUGUGAAUAUGUUGUAUGCAUGUAGUGUGAAAUGUGAUAUAUUGUCUGUUUCUGGGGAGCAAGUAUUUCAUUUGAAGAGUAUUCCAAAAUAAUGUCACUUUUGGAAAAAAAGAGAAAAGACUUGAAAGCCUUUUAAGUAUGGAGUAUCUACAAUUCAAGUGUUUUAAAUACCCAAAAUGUUUCUUCUACCAAUUUUUUUUGUCUUUUUGUAAAUGGAAGAAUUUAAUUUGAAACAAUUCAUCAAAAAGCAACUGCCAAGCCCAUAAAUUUAUAUGAUACUCCAACAAUGCCAGCAUUCUUGUCUUCAGUUUUUGCGCGUAAUGCUUAUAUAACAUUACUUAAUGUUUACACAAGUAACAUUCUGAGUCUCUUUGGACCCAUUCAUCAUGCAGUACAGUGGUUUACUUUGUGGCGUCUCUGUAAAACUUCCAUACACACUUUGAAAAUAAACAUGGGGGUGUUUUCAUGA